CUAAAACAUAAUACAGUGCAAAACAAACCCAAAACCAACCACCCACAGAUAACAGUACAUACAAGCAAGCGUCGUCAGGCAGGCCGGGUCAAUAUCAAUAGGGCAGGUAGGUACAGGGGGAGCAAGCGGAGAUGGGUCGGGGUCACAGGCCAGGUUCAGCAGGUAGCAAGCAGCGUGGUACAGAGGGUCAGGCAGAGGGAUGGUCAGGAGCGAGCCGGGAUCAGAGCAGGAGAAGUCAGCAGCGGUUCAGAUCAGGCAGGGUCAGCAAAGGAACAGAAACAGGAUGCAGGACAGAUACAGGGCCCAGGACAAACACAACACCAAGGCAGAGACUGCAGGUCUGGCCAU